ACCUCUUUCUGUAGCAAUUGAUUUCGGUCGGUGUGUGAUUUGGUGUUUCAGCAGAAAAAUCUCAAUUUUAGCAUCGAAAUCCCUUGCGUCCGAAUUCCGAAAUGUAUUCCAACGAAGAAGUGUGGGAAGGCGGAUACGAUGAGUACGGCUACGAGAUGGGAAUGCCGGAGGAUCCCAUCUACGAUCGCGGCUAUUUCCCGAUGCACGAGGACGUUAAGAAGUUCCUGGUGUACUUUUGCAGUGUCAUCAAGGAUGGUGUGGUGUACGAGAUACAAAAUCUGUACGAAAACACCUUCCCGAAGCUGAGCGAGCAGCACUUCGAGAAGAAGGCCUGGCCAAGCGAGGAUGAGGUGGCCCAUUUGGUGGACAAUGACAAUUUGUUCUUGAUUCUGUACAAGGAGCUGUACUAUCGCCACUUGCAUGCGCGCAUCCAGGGUGGCCCGUCGUUGGAGCAACGGUUGAACUCGUUCUACAACUACUGCAACUUUUUCAACUACAUUCUUCCCUCGAAGGAACCGGUACAGCUGGAGCUGCCCGACAUCUGGCUCUGGGAGCUGAUCGACGAGUUCGUCUAUCAGUUCCAAAACUUUGCCCAGUAUCGGGCCCGGCUGACGGACAAGUCGGAGGAAGAGAUGGACAUGCUGCUGAACAACAACAGCAAGGUGUGGAACAUCCUGUGCAUCCUGAACGUGUUGCAUUCGCUCGUGUCGAUGUCGAAAAUCAAGGACCAGCUGGAGGCCGCCGCUGCUGGCAAGGACCCAGAGGAGGUCGCCGGUGAAUUUGGGCGCCAUUCGUUCUACAAGAUGCUGGGAUACUUUAGCCUGGUAGGACUGCUGCGUGUGCACUCGCUGCUGGGAGACUAUCAUCAAGCGAUCAAAGUGCUGGAGCCAAUCGAGCUGCACAAGAAGAGCCAGUAUUCGCACAUUCCGGCGUGCCAGAUCAGUACGUCGUACUACGUCGGUUUCGCGUACAUGAUGAUGCGUCGCUACUCGGACGCUAUCCGUACGUUCUCCUCGAUCCUGCUGUACAUCCAGCGCACCAAGCAGCUGUACAGCGCCCGUUCGUACCAGAACGAUCAAAUUAACAAGCAGACCGAUCAGAUGUAUCACCUGCUUGCCAUCUGUCUGGUGCUGCACCCACAGUGCGUCGAUGAAUCCCUCCAGCAGGUGCUGCGCGAGAAGAACUACCACGACAACAUGUACAAGAUGCAGUGCGGUGAUCUGGACGUUUUCCGCAACUUUUUCGUCUUCGCUUGUCCGAAGUUCGUAUCGCCCGUUCCCCCGCCGCCGGACGCACCGAUCGAGGACUACGUGAAGGAGGCCCUGGAGCACCAAAUCAACGUGUUCAUGGACGAGGUGCGUCAGCAGCAGGAACUACCGACGAUUCGUUCCUACUUGAAGCUCUACACGACGCUGCCGAUGAUGAAGCUUGCCUCGUUCAUGGACCACCUGCCACGCGACGAGGUCGACAAGCAGAAGCUGGAGAAUCUACUUACCCGCCUGCUUUGCUUCAAGCACAAGAUGAAAAACGUCGUGUGGACAAAGGGAGCUAGUGGUUUGGAAGGGAAAUUCCAGUCCGGCUCGGAGUUGGACUUCUACAUCGACAAGGACAUGAUUCACAUCGCCGACACCAAAGUGUCCCACCGUUACGGUGACUUUUUCAUUCGCAAAAUAAUGAAAUUUGAAGAUCUUAACCGACGUCUGCAUGCCAUCAAGGGUUAACGGAGUGACUUGGGGAGGACUUUUUCUAUCAACAAACCAAUCCGGUGGAUUUGUAAAUUCGUACGGAAAUAAUUUAUUUAUUGGUUUGUCAAACCUACGCUGGGUGGAUUAAAGUGGCUGAACCUUUGAAGCUGCUGCAGUGCGCAACAAGUAACCAUUAUCUUUCUCACAUUCAACACAGAGAAUCCGAUUUACAAAAACCAGGAAUAUUAAGAAAAAUUGUAGCCUAGUGCUGUCGGGUAAUAAAGUAUCCGCCAUAGGUACAUGGCUACAGGAAAAAUAGUUCAAGUUG